CAGAAAUAAAGACUGCCUCAAAAUUUGGGAACUCUUCGAAAAGGCAUUUAUGUACAAGGACCCAUGCAGCAUAACUGAGAAAGAUUACCAGCCUCUGAUGGACAUGGCAAGGCAUUCUAUCCCUUGUAACAAGUCACUAUUCUGGAGCAAGACAGGUAACCUUGUCCAUCGUUACACUAAAGCUAAUCAGGAUUUUGUCACUUUGGAGGAUACUCUGCUAGGCUAUAUAGCGGAUGGCAUUUCGUGGUGUGGAGACCCCUCUAGCCCAGGAAUAAACUACAAGUCUUGCCCAAAAUGGACCGAAUGUGAAAGUAACCCAGGUACAAUAUAUUGGAAAAUGGCUUCCAAGAUG